GAUAGACCGCGGCCGGGCACUUGUUCGUUCCGCUGUGUGGGAUGGCAAACACGCGCGACCGAUUGCGUGACGCGUCGACGCCGUCGCCGUCGCCGUCGGCAGCUCGCGGUUUCGAAUAAUAUAUAGCGUGCUUUUUCCAUUCCGUCGAGAGCGCUCGUGCGUGUGCGUGCGUACACGCGCGGUGGCAAGGCAAGUUCAACCUGAGCACGUAGCCCUGCAGCUAUGCCUUGGUCUUCCAUACAUCCCGAACGAAAUUCUCCAACUCCUGCCCGAUGUCGGUAUAAGAUCAAUUGAGACGCAUCGAAACUCACUGCUUGCUUGAGAAUGAACAACGUGGUGGCGUUAUACAUUGCGGGAAGCGUCAUCAUCUACAGCCUAACAGCGGUGGCGGCUAUCGUCAACGAUUCAGGAUGCUCGGUCCCACAUCACAGAGCCUCCAAAGGAGGCUUCUACGUCAGAUCUGAGCGAGCAGACAACGUUAAGAUAGAAGUCACUUGUCGUGAUAAUCAUGACUGGAUGAAGUUCACCGAUGUCAAACUCAACUGCAGCGCUGUCGGGCGGACUGACUUCGUCGACUGCACUUACUCUGAAGGCCUCGAUUUGCUCGACACGUUCCACAUGAUGAAUGUCAAUUACUCCAGCGAAAUUACGUUCAAAUAUUUGCGCUCUCCUCCGGGUCGACAGUAUUUUCAAGGCAUCUCGGUGGCCGAACUGUCAUUUUUCAACAGUCACCUGGAUUCAGUACCAUUCGACUGGUUGUAUGGCGUUUCGGACCUGAGAACCUUGACAAUCCACGACACUAGCUUGCUCCGAAUACCCAGCAAUUUUUUCGCGAACUGGUCGAGGAAGCUCACCAGGCUGGAUAUCAUGGGCACCCGAUUGCAGAAAAUCGCCAGAGGCGAUCUCGCAGAUUUGCUCGAGCUUCAGGAACUGCAGCUCUUUGGAAAUGAAAUCAUCGAAAUCGAGGCUGGUGCCUUUGAUCGGUUGUCCAAUCUGGUGUCUCUCGAUAUCAGCAAGAACCACUUGCACGCGAUUCCGUCUGGCAUUUUUCGCCACCUCGCUAGGCUUACGACACUGCAGAUCGGCCAAAAUCCUUUUGACGAGCUACCCAGUGACCUGCUCAACGGCAUCUACGACUGCCACCUGAAUAAUUUUCAGAUGAAUACAAUCCGUGGUUCACUGAAAACGUUGCCUUCCGGGUUUUUCAGAAAGCUCGAUUUUCUGAAAGACGUUUGGCUCCAGGACAAUCGACUGGAAACUCUACCCUCGGAUUUAUUUUCCGAGGCAACGCAACUAGGCAAUCUUAAUCUGAGGGACAACUCCUUGAGGAGCAUACCAUUAAGCCUCUUCGCGGAUUUGAAGAAACUCGAAAAGCUCGAUCUCGCGAGGAAUCAAAUCGCAGCAUUGCCCGCUGGAAUUUUCGAGACACUUAGCCACCUGCAGGUACUCGAUGUCAGUUACAACAAUUUGACCACUCUGAGUGCUGAUAUGUUGGCAGGGCUAAUUACACUCUCAACCCUUAAUGCUUCGCAUAAUAAUUUAAUCCAAGUUGAUGAUGGUUUGUGCAGAUCUUUAGGAAAAGUUCGAGUGAUUGAUUUCUCAUUUAAUCAAUUGAAUUUUGAAGCGACCGGAAAGUAUACGUACAAACGUGAAAACCCAUCUAUUUUUGUGUCCUGUCAUAAUUUGUACAAUCUUUCCUUGUCUGACAACAAAGCCACGAAAAUUUUUACUGAUUUCGAUCUCAGACAAUUAAAUAUUGAUUUAAGGAACAAUCACUUGUCAGAAUUAACGGUUGAUGACAUAGACAAGCUGCACCCAAUUGGAACAAUAAUUGAUCUUAGGAAUAAUCGGAUAUCAAAGAUAGAUUUAUCGGAUCUUCCAUCUGCCGUGGCCCGUUACAAAGCUUGGAAUCACGAUUUAUCUCUCAGAAGUUUGACAGUAAUGUUAGGAAACAAUCCACUGCACUGUGACUGCCACCUGAUAGACUUGAUACGUUACUGGAAAUCUGAGCACAAGAGUGAAUCUCGUCAAUAUGUAAAACUAACUAGCGGUGAUGACGGCUAUGAGUCUGACGGAGGUAUGGUCUGCGCAUCACCCGCAGAGAUGGAAAAUCGAGAUAUUUUCAACGUUUAUCCAGAAGAACUAAGCUGCCAGUUGAUAACGAAUGUAACGGACGAUGCUUGCAACGGUACCUGUGCCUGUCGUGAAUAUCCCGCCAAGAAGAUCUUAGCUGUGGACUGUUCGUACCGACAUUUAACGCAACUGCCUGCCUCGCUCACGAAUGUGCACAAUUGGUCGAUCGAAUUGGACAUGUCAUACAACAUGCUGAAACAACUUCCAUCUGUCACGAGUAGUCCUUACUUGGUAAAUGUAAGCAGUCUAGACUUGUCCAAUAACAACAUUUCCAGCGUCACAAUCGAUCUUUUCUCCGAAAAUCUUGUAAAUCUGAAACUGCACAAUAACAGUAUAUCGAGACUCGACGAACACGUUAUCAAACACUUGAUGGCUAACGAAGCCAUGCGUGGCAUCACGCUUCAUCAAAACCCUUGGCAGUGCGACUGCCAAGUUCGCAACUUUCUCACUUUGAUACAACUGAAGACUUGGAUUGAUAGCCGCGAUAGGGUAGCAUGCGCCGGAACAAAUAAAAUAUUAUACAAAAUGACCGUGAGAGACAUCUGCAACGAUGCUAUCGCAGUGAUCGUGGCUGCCAGUGUACUCGUCGGAUUUUUUGGCAUCGUUGUCGGCAUCCUGGCAGCUCUCUAUUACAAGUACCAGCAAGAGAUCAAAGUCUGGUUGUAUUCAAAACAGUGGUGUCUCUGGUUUGUCACCGAGGAUGAGUUGGACAAGGACAAACAAUACGAUGCUUUCGUCAGUUUCUCGCACAAGGACGAGGAUUUCGUCGAGAAAGAAAUAGUGGCCAAGUUGGAACAUGGUCCCAGACCCUACAAGCUUUGUUUGCAUUAUCGCGAUUGGCUUGCAGGUGAAUGGAUACCAGUGCAAAUAAGCAACUCGGUCGAACGAUCGAGAAGAACUAUUGUCGUUUUGUCACCGAAUUUCUUGGAAAGUGUGUGGGGAAAAAUGGAGUUCCGGGCUGCUCAUACUCAGGCACUGAAAGAGGGUCGAGCUCGCGUGAUAAUCAUUCUCUACGGGGAAGUGGAAAAUCUGGAGGAUCUCGAUCCCGAACUGAAAGCCUACCUCAGCCUAAAUACCUACAUCAAAUGGGGCGAUUUGUGGUUCUGGGAUAAGCUGAGGUACGCGCUGCCGCAUAAGUUCGAGCCGCCGAGACGCCGAACGCGGAACGCUCAAAUAAUCGAGGACCAUAUGACACGCCGAGCAGCCAACAAUCAUACCGGCAACGCCUUCGUCAAUUCCGAUCUAAUAUCUAUGUCGAAGCUAACUAAUGACUCGGCAAAAUUACUCGACCCGCGCGUCGACGACAGAACUGCUGCUUCCUAGUAACGCGAGGGUGCUUCGCGAGUGCGUGUACAAACUUUGUUCGCGCGUGAAAACAAGAUUACUUUGUUUCGUAUGUAAGUAAAAUCAAACUUGCCAGCGGGUUUUUCGAAAAUAUAUACGGUGUUCAAUAGAGGAAUGUACGUUGAAACUUGUGGUAAUUGAAAAAUUGAGCAUAAGGGUUUCGAGCGCGUAAGAUCAGUGUUAUUACGACGUAGGCGAGUAUCAUUUCAAGCAACUAUCGUCUUUAUAUUUAGUAAUAUUGUUAUUUUAGGAACUAUGCAAAUAAGUUUACAUUCAUCAAAAAAGUCGUUAAAAGUUCACUAUAUUUAGUACUUUUUUCCAAUUUACUUAAGUAAUUGUAAAGGCAUUCGUGCUAAGCUUCGAGAAUUGAGAGGCGUUGAGAAUAGUCAAUUUAACUGAUUGCCAAAGCAACCAGCGUUGAAUACUAACUAAUUACGUUUAAACUUAAAUUAUAAUGUAUAUACCGGUGAUAUUUCAAUACUUAUCUUUUACUUGCGUUUUCUUUUACUGUACAUAUAACACUUGUAUAAAAAAAGUAACAUAUAAAGGACGUUAUAUCGUCAAGUCGAAACUGACAUAUUUGCACACCAUUUUGAAAAGUUUGGCGUGUGUCGUAUGCGAUUUUCUUAUCUUUACUAUCUCACUAGUGUUUCAUUGUAUAAUUCUAUAAAAUAAAAAAUCCUAAAGAGAUUUCAGAAACAUAAUAUAAGAAAAAUCGCCAGUUGAAUGCGCCUAAUGGGAAUCUCUUUUUAUAAAGGUCGCAGUUUCUGGGUUGAUUUGAUACUUCAUUUUAUUUAAUUAGCAACCAGUGCAUUAUUCUCACUGCCUCAGAGUCUCUAUCAGAUUUCUGAUAGUAAUAUAGAUAAGUAAAAAACCAUGUGAAUUGUCCAAUUUGCACAUUAAAAGAAUGCCUUCGAGUCAAUUCGAAAAACAGACUUGUUGAUAUAUAGUAAUUGUAAAUUUUGUAAAAUAAUCUAUAUUUACAAUGUAUAUAAAAAUAUAAAGGCUGCACAACGGUGCUCGAUUUAGUAACCAUAAUGUCGGUUGUAAUUUUAGGACUGUCUUAAAAAAAACUUAUUGAUAAGCGACAGCGACAACUCCUUACCAAAAACAUUAAUAUCUACAAUUGCUUGAAGCAAACCCUCAAAUCACAAAAAUGCUCGAUUGUCAAGUAAAAAGUAUAAAAAAAAAUCACUUAAAAACGAAAAAUUUGACGCAAUAUUGUACGCAACUGCUUACGAUCGGAACAGUUUCUUGACUACAUAGCCAAACAUUAUUUUGAAUUAUAUAUUAUCACACAUGUUUGUAUGAAGUAUACUUGGAAUAGCGUCGUUUAUAAAUACAUGUAUUAAUCCGAUAUUGAUACUUACCGGCAAUCAAUUGUUUUGUAAUAUACAAAUUGUUUUUACCAUCGUUAAAUAACAACGAACACAAUGCUCAAUAAAAUAAGAACAGUA